AUGCUGAGUAAAAGUCGCUCGAAGUUUAGUAUUAUAUCAUUACCUCCAAACGAUGAUGAUGAUGAUCUAACGUCACAACAGGCAAGCAUUAUUAACAAACAAAAUAACUUUACACAUGGUGAUACUAAUGAUAUUUUCACUAAGUUGCAAGCCGAACAUAGUUUACAUUGGAAAAUCGAUAGUUUUAUUGCACAAAACAUUAGCGUUAUUUGGUUGAAUUCAAAUGCCGAGUAUUCACAUUCAGGAUUAGAAAUCAAUGAUACAGUCGAAAGGCUUCGUGAUAUUGCCGACUCAUUCCAUAUAUUUACAGAUAUUGACGAAUGCGUUGAUUUUAUGACUGAUAUUAUCGAUGAGGAAAUAUUUCUAAUCAUGUCCAAUCAUCAGGUACAGCAAUUGCUUUCCCUGGUAGAAAACGUUCCUCAACUUGUAGCAAUUUAUAUUUUCAAUCAUCAUCAAACACAGAACGAUCAACAAAUAAACAACCAUAGCAAAGUGCACGGAGCAUACACUGAUUUCUUUGCCAUGAUCGAUACAUUGAAGCAAGAUGCAUGUCGUCGACAAGUUGAUUCAACACCCUUUAGUAUUGUACCGACCACAUCCACUCCUAAUCUCGACCAAUUAGAUCAAACAUUCAUGUACACCCAGUUACUUAAAGAAACCAUUCUCGAACUCGAACAUGAUCACAAUGCUCGACAAGCCUUUACAGACUUCUGUCUUCAACAUCUCCAAGAGUACAACCUACGAAAACAGCCACUUGUUCAGUUUCAAAAGUUCUAUGAUCGACAUUCACCCAUCUGGUGGUACACAAAAGAGACAUUUGUUUAUAUUACACUAAACAACGCUUUGCGUACCCAGGAUACCGAAAUGUUAAUUAAGAUGGGCUUCUUUCUUCGCGAUUUGCAUGAAGAAAUCAAACAAAAUUACCAAGAAACAUCACAUUUGACGAAGAUGAUUGUUUAUCGGGGACAAGGAAUGAAAAGUGCUGAUAUCGAUCAAAUACGACAUGGUAAGGGUGGUCUGCUUGCAUUCAAUUGCUUCUUAUCCACAAGCAAGGACCGAGAAGUUUCAUAUACAUAUGCGGAUAGUGCUCGUCAAAAUAUUGAGCAACAUGGAAUUUUAUUUCGAAUGCAAAUUGAUCCAUCCGUGUCGUCUACACCGUAUGUCUCUAUAAAUGGGGUAAGCCAAUUUGGACUUGAAGACGAAAUCUUGUUCUCGAUGCACACUGUCUUUCGCAUAAAUGAAAUAACUGAAAUCGAUGAUCGUCUUUGGGAAGUAAAUUUGAUUUUGACGAAUGACGAUGAUCCAGAGUUGAAACGCUUGACCGAUUAUUUGCGAAAUGAAAUAGGAGUGGUGGGUGGAUGGAAUCAGAUGGGUAUGUUGAUGUGCAGAAUGGGUAAAUUUGACAAAGCAAUCGAAAUAUUUACGAUGUCAUUAGAUAAAAAGCUGAAUGAUGACAUGGACAUAAAUAGAAUUCUUCAGACUUGUGUAAAUUUGCAAAUUAGCGAAGCGCAUCAAUCAGUGGGGAAUUAUUCGAAAUCGCUCUCAUAUCUUGAAGAAGAAUUAGAAAAUUACCGUAAUCUGCUUCCACCUGAUCAUUUAUUAGUUGCUAUGAUUAAUUACUUUAUUGGUAGGAUCUAUUGCUUUAUGAAUAAGCUCAGAGAAGCGUUGCUGUAUUUUGAGAAAGCACUUCCGGCGUUUCAAAAGCAUCUACCACUUAUACAUCAACCGCUGGCUACCACCUACAUCUAUAUUGGCGCCGUUCAUCAUAGUACAGGUGACAUUGAAAUGGCAUUAUCAUACUAUAAGAAAGCACUUGAUCUACAAACAACAUACUUGCCACUUAAUCAUCCAGAUUUGGCUACGGUCUACAUCAGUAUUAGUAUGCCAUAUAGCUCUAUAGGUAAUCAUAACGUGGCAUUAUCUUACGCCACGAAGGGAACUGAAAUGCUGGAGAAGUCACUUCCAUCAGAUCAUCCACAUCUGGCCAUGGGUUACUUCUGUCUAGGAUCUAUUUAUCAAUCAUCAGGUGAUUAUUCAACAAGUCUCUUACACUUCGAAAAAGCUCUUGAAAUUCAAAAUAAAUCUCAGCCCCAAACUCACCCAGAUAUAUGUAGGACUCAUAUAUGUAUUUCUAUGACGAAGCAGUUGACUGGCAAUAUACCACUUUCGUUUUCACAUCUCGAAAAAGCGCUCGAAAUGCGGUCACAGUUCAUGUCGAAUGAGCAACCAGUAUUACAGGCUACUUCCCAUGAUACUGCUAAACUCAAAGAAAAUAACGAAUGUUUUAAGAGUGCCGUCGGUCGUCUGAAGAAUAUUUUCGAAAAUCCUCGGGAGCCGUUGCCACCUGACCAGGUAACAUCAACUGAAUACGAUCAACUAAAUACUGAUCCAAAAAAGACGAUCGACAACUGGUUGGCAGCAUUCUCCGAUAUGGAACGCGGAUUGCAGCUUGGGAAAGAGUUACCAUUACCAAGCUUUUCGCCGCUUCUCAAUUCAAAUGUAGAUCAAAAUAGUCGUUAUAAAAUGAUUGACUGUUUACAAAGUUACUGCCUCAAUAUGAAAAAUACAUUUAAAAGCUAUCAACGUUCGUCUACAACAAACGAGUCAGUAUUAUCAUGCGACAAUGAGAACGACAGUGAAACAGAAUCGUCUCGCGACAGUCUUCUUAUUUCUAUGUCGUAUCUUGCUGAAACUCUAGAACUUCUUCUAAAAUGUGGCCCGUCUAACGGUUCGUUGGUCGCCACUGAUUACAUUCAUCUCGGAGUAAUGUUUGUUGACAUGGAAGAAUAUGAAACGGCAUUGAUGUACCUGGACAGAGCACUAGAAGUUAUACGCAAUUCAUUUACCAAUAGUCAUCUACUAUUAGCAAAAGCUCAUGCUUGGAAAGCUAAAGCACUAUUUGGUCUCGAACAAUUUAAAGAAGCGUGUGAACACGCACAGCGUUUCAUUAGUAUUACACACUCUUUAUCAGAUAAAGAGCAAAAAGAAUUAAUGGAACUGAAAAAUGAACUUGACCCAUGGCAACAAAUGUUAUCACAGUGA